AUGAAGGGUUACAAUCCGCCAGAUGAUCUGUUUCUCGAGCCUGCUCAUUCACAUGACCCGACAGAUGUUUCACAUGUUGCUGCACUCCCAGAUUCAAUGCUGUCACAACUCCCACCAUCUGUACAAGACGCACUCUGGACGUUACAAGAAUCUACUUCAGUGGUCUAUGCUUCGUACGAGAGACUACAGGAGCUCCUUGAUCAGAGGUUUGAUCGGCUUGUUUAUCUACCGAUUGGAGAUGGCACUGCCGUCAGAAGCUACUCAGAAGGCGCUUUUUUCAACUACGUGAACCAUCUCGCUGCUGAACGACGUUACCUCCUAGAGGACGCUCUGCCUGAUUGGAAGCACAAAGCUUCUCGCGCGGGGUUAAGGCAGUACAACGAUCUGAUGCUGACAUUCCGAGGCAAGGAGAUGAAAGUCAUUGAAUGGUUUUCUCAACUACAAGCCGCUGUGAGCUUCUGGUGUUACGAAGCUAGGCAAACCGAGCUACCUGAUUUCGAUUCGACCAUUCUAGAAUACGAAUCUCAAUCCUCCACACCAUCAUCCGAAGCCUCGGAAUCAGACCUGAGAUAUUCAACGGAUCAACGGCCGGUUAGCACCGGUCGAGAGCCGGUCGCCACAGCAGGCUUCGGUCUCGAGGUCUCCAAAGCGUUGGAAGCUCUGUGA